AUGGACUAUUAUUCAUUAUUCUUUGCUUCAGCUCAAUCUAGUGCGGAAGUUCUUCUCGUCUGUUUAACUGGCUAUCUCGCUGCGAAAUAUGGUAUAAUCACUCCUAGCAUACAGAAGGGUAUCAGUAAUCUAUUAAUAAAAAUCCUAUUACCAUGUCUCUUAUUCUCAGAAACUGCUGCUGAUAUAGACUUAAUAAAUUUAAUUCAAUUAUGGCCUGUUCCUGUUUUUUAUGGAAUUUUUUCUAUCAUAAGUGGUCUUCUUGGAGUUUUGGGCGGAAAAUUAUUACAUUUAUCGUUUUCUGAAACAAAAUUUAUCAUAGUAGGAAUUAUGUUCAAUAACAUAACAAGUCUCUUGUUGGGUUUGUUAAAUGGUAUGAGGAAUACCAGUGCGAUGCAAUUUUUAUUACAAAGUGAAGAUGAUAGUCCAGCUGAAUCUAUGAAACGCGGAAAAUCUUACAUUAUGUUAACAGUCUUGUUUAGCACUUUAUUACGGUGGAGUUUUGGCGCGUCCUUACUCAGAAAAGAAUCGCCAGACCGUCAUUUAGAUUCGAGUGCGCUGCCAACUCAUAAAGACCAAAUCAUGCCACCUAAUGAAAGAACUCUAUUAUUAUCAUCAAAAAAAACUAAUAAUCAAUUCAUAAUACCUCAAAUUUUAACUAAAAUUUAUAAUUUUAUGAAUCCCCCAUUAAUGGCUUCAAUAGUCGCGUUGUUUGUUGGUACAAUUGCACCUCUAAAAAAUUUAUUUUUUGGUGAUCAGGCGCCUUUGUUCAUAAUAUAUUAUACAAUGGAAUCUAUGGGUUCUAUUACUAUACCAUUAAUGCUCAUUUUGCUUGGUGCACAAUUAUGGAAUUUACCUCGUUCAAAAGGAAAAGAAAUGUUUGCUUCUAUUUCUUAUGUAAUGUCUUGUAGAUAUUUGAUAAUGCCAAUUAUUGGUGGAAUCAUGAUUAUAUUAACAAAAUCUUUAUAUAGAAAUGAUCCUAUGCUUUGGUUUAUUUUAAUGAUGAUUUCUAGUGGUCCUACUGCUAUUAAUUGUAUUAAUUUGGUUCAGUUAACUGGUAAUUUUGAGGAAGAGAUGGCCACUCUACUAUUUUAUUCUUAUAUUUGUUUAGCUCCUUUGAUCACUGUUAUUGUAAUAUGCUUUUUGGCACUUGUUAACGUUAAUCAUAUUUAG